UCAGUGCUAGAGAAAUGCUCCCAGGAGACAAGGCUCUGUGGCUGCCUUCGGCUCUGCUCCUCCUGCAGGUGCCAGGCUGUUUUCUCCUGAGUGGCCCCAGCACUGUGACGGGCACUGUUGGGGGAUCCCUGAGUGUGCAGUGUUGGUACGAGGAGCACUACAAGAUGCAUGUGAAGUACUGGUGCAAACAAUCAUUUAUAACGUGUGACAAGAUUGUGGAGACUGACGGCUCAGAGAGAGAAGUGAGGAACGGCCGAGUGACCAUCAGGGACCAUCCCGCCAACCUCAGCUUCACGGUGACCUUGGAGAACCUCGCACUGCAGGAUGCAGGCUCCUACGGGUGUGGGGUUACAAUACGGUGGCAAGAAAACCCCACCUUCAGAAUUACAGUGCUUGUGCUUCCAGAAACAGCCACAACCACAGCCUCCCACCUUAAGGGUAUCACAAGUGCCAUGGGACCUUCCCUGUCCAUGUCUGUGCACACCUGGCCCAGCACCACCAGAGAGGACACCUCCAGCCCCAGCCCACAGCCUCGGUCCCUGUUCAGCAGCAUUCACUUCCUGCUCCUGGUCUUCCUGAAGGUGCCCUUGUUCCUGAGCAUGCUCAGUGCUAUCUUUUGGGUGAACAUGUCUCAGAGAUGCUCUGGAGGGAGGUGAAGUCAUCCUGAGAUGAGAACCAGUGACAUCCCUUGUCCAUCGAGGCCCUGUCCAGAGACACAACUCCUCUGAUGGAUGGAGCUGACCUUCUGAACAAUGAACGCUCUGUCACCUCUUGUCAUGUAUAUUGGAUAAUCAUUGUGAUCUUCUUUAAAAUCUUCCCUUGUUCACCAUCAUGAUACUUCAAAAGAGUUCCUAAUCAAUCUUUAGGGUGCUCCUCUUUGAAGUCAGUACC